AGAGUCGGAGGCGUGAGCUGUGGCGCAUGCGUACUGGGCAGGAGGAGCGAGGCCGCCGGUGGCUGCGCACUGGGCUGGGGUGCUCUCACUCCUGCCAGACGAGAUGCCCAUGCUGGACCCUAGCCAGCUCUCCAUCCAUGAGAUGCAGGAAGAUGAGGAGCAGAUGGUCCUGGAGCUGCUAAAGGAUGGGUUCAAGGACACGGAGAACCGGCUGAUCCUGUAUGUCCUGACACGGCCCGUGGUGCUGCUGCUCCUCGCUGUGGUGAGCAGCGGCCUCCGCUUCCUGCUCAACUCCUUUGUAGCGGCGCUGCUGGGGCCCGUGCUCCUCACCAUCCUGGCCCUCAAGCUGCUGCUGCGGCGCUCGCCGGACCUUGGUGGCCUGGGCGCGUACUACCGCUCGGGGCAGCGUGGGCUCUGGGUGGCGGUGUACGGCGGCGACGACGUGUGUGGCUGCGUGGCGCUGCAGCCCCACCCGCAGGGGGCGACCCGCACAGCCGAGCUGAGGCGCUUGGCCGUCAGCCGCUGGUACCGUCGCUCCGGCGUGGGGCGCCGCCUGCUGGCCUUCCUGGAGGCCCAGGCCCGGGCGCAGGGCUACGAGCGCAUGGUGCUCUACGCUGCCGUGGUCACCAAGGCUGCCAUCAGCCUCUUUGAGAGCAGCGGCUACCGCCCCACCGGCGGGCGCAGCUGGCUGGGCUACACCAUCCUGCAGGAGUUCAGCAAGGAGCUCUAGCAGCCCCUCCCUCCCCCCUGCUCUGCUGGGUCGGGGGAGCGGCUUGCAGAGAGCAAUUCCGGCCAAGGGCUGGCGGGCCGUAUCUAUCCUCAUGCCCAGGAGUCCCUCUGCUCCAUGGAUGCCACCGAGGGACACAGGGCAGCGAUGGCCGGGAUGUGGGAUUUAGGGCGUGACAGCCCCGGCCUUCACUCCCAGGACAGCAGUGCCACCUUGUCCUGGACUGGAAACCACCUGUUCUGGAUGAGUCCCUUGCUGGAGCUUCAGCAGGACAAGACCAGCCGGACCUGAUUGUGACUGGGGGGGGGGGGAGGGAGGAGAGUUAGCUCAGUGGUUUGCGCAUUGGCCUGCUAAACCCAGGCUUUUGAGUUCAAUCCUUGAGGGGGCCAUUUAGGGAUCGGGGGGAAAAUUGGGGAUUGGUCCUGCUUUGAGCAGGGGGUUGGACUAGAUGACCUCCUGAGGUCCCUUCCAACCCUGAUAUUCUAUGAUAGAAGAUCACAGACCCGAUUGUGACUGUGACUGCGACUGCUGGGGGGGGAUAGAUCACAGCCCCAAUUGUGACUGUGGUGGGUGGGGAUCACAGGCUCUAUGGUGACUGCUCUGGGGAAAGGAAUAUAGGGUGGGCGACCCUGACAUGGAGCGGAGCAAAAGGGAACUUGAGCUUGGAGACUGGGGAUGUCCUGCCCUUGGGGUGGAGGUGCAGGCGUUGCCUCAGGGGUGGGUGGGACCCCAACAUUAGAGCAGGGCUGUGGAGGAGUGUCUCUCUCCUGCCCCAGAGUGGGCUCUCCCCAGCACCAGCUUGGCUGUGUGAUGGAGUCAUUUGGCCAUGGUUUGCCAUGGGCAAAUUCCCAGGCCUGGGCCUGGCUGAGGAUCGCAUUGCUGCAGCCAGGAGAAUGGGGACUCUGGAGCUGUCAGUUGCCCCCGCAGUCUGGCAGCUGCUGUCCAAGCACCCAGAGCUCACACUGCCCCACCCGGGGCCAUGGGACCUUGCUGCAGUCACGCAGGCUGCCAGCUGUCACUGGGUACAUAUAUGUUCGAGCAUGUGUGUGAAUAAAUCUUGCCAUUGUAGA